CCUGCGCCUGGGCGGCCAGUGACCUGGGCCUCUUCCCUGUGAGCUAAGGUUGCGAAGAAGGCGGCAGGUGGCUAGGAGGCGCGGAGGGAGACCGCUGACUUCCGGAGGCCGCGGUCCCGGCAAGGUGUCCUCAUGACUUCUCUUGCGGACCAUGUCCAUGAUCCUCUUUGCCUGUGUGGUAAGGGUGAGGGAUGGACUGCCCCUCUCGGCCUCCACUGACUUUUACCACACCCAGGAGUUUCUGGAAUCCAGGAGACGGCUCAAGACGUUAGCCUUGCGACUGGCCCAGUAUCCAGGUCGAGGUUCUGCACAAGGACGCGACUUCAGUAUACACUUUUCUUCAUCAGGGGAUGUGGCCUGCAUGGCGAUCUGCUCCCGCCAGUGCCCGGCAGCCAUGGCCUUCUGCUUCCUGGAGACGCUGUGGUGGGAGUUCACAGCUUCCUACGACGCCACGCGCAUCGGCCUAGCCUCCAGGCCUUACGCCCUCCUUGAAUUCGACAGCAUCAUUCAGAAAGUGAAGUGGCAUUUUAACUAUAUGAGUUCCACUCAGAUGAAGAGCAGCUUAGAAAAAAUACAGGAGGAGCUGGAGUUCCAGCCUCCAGCAGUUCUGACUUUGGAGGACACAGACGUGGCAAAUGGGGUGAUGAACGGUCACACACAGAUGUACCUGGAGCCUGCCCCUGAUUUCCGAAUGGAGCCAGUGACUGCCCUGGGCAUCCUCUCCCUCAUUCUCAACAUCAUGUGCGCCGCUCUCAACCUCAUCCGUGGGGUCCACCUUGCAGAGCACUCUUUACAGGUUGCUCAUGAGGAAAUUGGAAAUAUUCUGGCUUUUCUUAUUCCUUUUGUAGCCUGCAUCUUCCAGUGCUAUUUGUACCUGUUCUACAGCCCAGCCAGGAGGGCGAAGGUCGUGCUGGUGCUGCUCUUCAUUUGCCUGGGCAACAUGUACCUGCACGGGCUGAGGAACCUCUGGCAGAUCCUUUUCCACAUAGGAGUGGCUUUUCUGUCUUCACACCAGAUACUGACGAGGCAGCUCCGGGAGAAGCAGCCGGACUGUGGAGUGUGAGGGAUGGAUCCUUCGAUUUUCCCAUGGCGGUCGUCUGUGUUUCCCUUCUGGCUUCCUGACUUGACCUCAGGUUUUCAUCCUCGGAGUUCAUUUCCACCAAACUGGACUGAUGGCAAGACCUGGGGCUCCCGCAGGUGCUGCUGGAGGCGUGAGGUCGCUCGCUGCCCGGGCCCAGUUUUGUGCUGCGUGUUGCUGCAGGCCCUGUUCACUGGGGCGGCAGGUGCUGGGGGCUCGAUUCCAAAAGGGCGUUACUGGGAGAUCCGAGUGGGAGCGUUUGGGGCUUUUACUCUGAAUGACGCAAUAAACCACUAGAUUCAAUGAUACUAGCGUUAGCAAUGGGCAGUUCUCUCCGAGGAACCACUUUAAAAUCCAUAUCAGCGGUCCAAGUGUGACUUGAUUAGUUUUUCUAGAGGAUCAAAUACAGGGUGAAUUAAAAACUUAAAAAUGUGGUUCAUGAAUAUAAGCGAGAUAAAUUUUGUUUACAUCGUUUUGAUAACCUCUGUCCAAUAUGAUACCUUUAGAAUAGUUAAAUGUAUUUUGGGUAUAAAUUGAACUUAUCUUCAUAUAGGGUAAGGGUAGACUUAAGCUGAGAAAAUGGUUAAGAAAGCUCAAUUUAAUUUAUGUGUAACCUUUUAUAGUGGUGGGACUGUGUGGGAACAGAAAUAUUUUGUAUUUAUUUGCAGGGUAUCUGAAUAUUUUAAAAAUUAAUUGAGCAACCAGUGCUACUGGAUUAUAAACUUAAAAGCAGGGGCAGGAAUGAGCAUUUCAGGAUUCCGUGCAGUGGGUCACAAACUGGAGAAGGUGAGUCACACGGAUGCACACAGUGGCACUUUACAGACGCAGGUGGCAGAGGUUGCUGCCAUCAGCCUAGCACGUGGCGGCUGAGUGUACUUGGCCUGUGUACCUGUUCCCAGAAGACCUCCCAAUUUAACUACUCCUCUACACGGUGCCCAGUCAUCCGAAUUAGAGCAAGGGCCUCAUCAUUAAGCAAGUGUUAACUUUUUAAAAACUUUAUAAAUACAUAAUUAACCGUGUGCUCUGAGAAGUCACUGCUCUUUCUCUCAUUGUCACAAUAUUGAUUGACCAUAGUUUUCCAAAACGUGGAUCUGAAUCAGAUCCCUUAGGUUGUCCAGUACCAUUCGGAAGGCCAUUUCGGAAGCUUGCCCUUGGAUUGCUCUUGGCAGAAGUCUGGAAUCUGACUAGCUCAACCACAGCUGCAUGGAAUACUUUGAGUUGAAUCGUAGAGUCUUGAUAAAUUUUAAAAAAUGCUAUUUUGAUAGUUUUUAAAAUUUGAAGACCAUUGCAAGAGAUGUUGAGCACAUGGGGAAAGCAAGACUAUUGUUUCAGGGAAUUCAGUUGUACCUGAGUAUUACUGGUGGUGUAUUGUACUGAGCUACCUUGGUAUCACUUCAAGAAAAACAAGUUUAUGUGACUGGGAACUGUUGGGGAAAUGUUGCCAGAGUAAUUUUAUUUUCUUAUACAAUUUUUUAUUUUUCAUCAAAUAAAAUACCUGGACAUGAAAGAUCUAUUGGCAACGCCCUCAGAUGGCAGCUUCAGAGUUGUCUCUCCAUUGGCUUUGGAUCGGCUGCUUUUCUGCAUGGGCAGCAGGUGAAAUGGUCAGGGUUUCUGGGAGGUAAUUUUGAAGAGACAGUAAAAUGGAGUGGGAAGCCAGGGAGGCAAGACAGAUCCUUUUAUGGUAGAAGCACAAAAAAAGCUUUAAAAGUUGGUAAGAGCAGCUUAUAAAGACUCGCUUUCUGUGUGAGCCCACGUGCCGUCGGCAUUGCCGCGCAGCCCCG